CCCCGCCCCCUGCCGCCGCCGCACCUCCACUCCGCGGCGCCCGCCCUCCCUCUCCGCGCGGUCGGUGCGUCCCUCCGCCUGUUCCCAGCCGCUGCGCCUCGCACUUCUGACUCGAGUCCCCGCCGCGCUCGUCGUCGCCGCCCCGCGCCAUGGAGCCGGCCGUGGGCAGCGAGCGCCGCAGCCCCCCGGGCCCCGCCGUCCCGCCACCGCCCCGGGUCCACGCGCCCUUGGCCGCCGCCCCCGGGCCGGGCCCGCUGAGCUCCCCCGCGCGCGAGCCGCCGCAGCCCGAGGAGGAGCGGCAGCUGCGGAUCAGCGAGAGCGGCCAGUUCAGCGACGGGCUGGAGGAUCGAGGCUUACUAGAAAGCAGCACUCGGCUAAAACCCCACGAAGCCCAGAACUACAGAAAGAAGGCGUUGUGGGUCUCCUGGUUCUCCAUUAUUGUCACACUGGCCCUGGCGGUGGCUGCCUUUACUGUCUCCGUUAUGAGGUACAGCGCCUCUGCUUUUGGGUUUGCAUUUGAUGCCAUCCUCGACGUCCUGUCAUCUGCGAUCGUCCUGUGGCGUUACAGCAACGCGGCCGCUGUACACUCUGCCCAUAGGGAAUACAUAGCCUGUGUCAUCUUGGGGGUGAUAUUCCUUCUGUCAUCCGUAUGCAUAGUGGUCAAAGCCAUCCAUGACCUCUCGACUAAGCUGCUCCCGGAAGUGGAUGAUUUCCUGUUCAGCGUCUCCAUUUUAAGUGGGAUCCUUUGCAGCGUCCUGGCUGUGCUGAAGUUUAUGCUGGGGAAAGUUCUGACCAGCAGAGCCCUCAUAACCGAUGGGUUUAACUCCCUCGUGGGGGCCGUGAUGGGCUUCUCCAUUCUUCUGAGCGCCGAGGUGUUCAAGCACAACUCGGCGGUCUGGUACCUGGACGGCAGCAUCGGCGUGCUGAUUGGCCUCACCAUAUUCGCCUACGGGGUCAAGCUCCUCAUCGACAUGGUGCCCAGGGUGAGGCAGACGCGCCACUACGAGAUGUUCGAGUGAAGGGGGCCGGCUGCCCUGCAUCUGCAUGAAGACUGUCUGUCAGGACCACGAGAGCUUUCCAUGCAGGCGGACGGUACUGCUGUUUAACUGAACAUUCAAUUCCUUUGUGCUCACGGGAACCAGGUCUCCCCCGCAGGUCGGACUGCACCGCUCCCCCCCCCUCCGCUGCCCCCGCCGAACACCGUAGGACAAUGAGCACGGAGCAGGGCCCCGUCUCCGGCGGGAGGACUGACCUUUUCCAUCUUCUGCAGUAAAGAGGUUCGUGUGGGGCGGAUACGAAGUCUGCUUGGUGGAAUGCCUCUGUGGUGCUCCCAGCCUCCAAGGGAUAGCAGCUCCCCAGACCCACCUCCUGGGUCCUCCGCGUGGGCCCGGAGUCUCCUGGCAGAUUUUAAGAGAAGACCGUACCCUUUGGUCCCUCACCCCUUUAUCACUUCCUAAUUAAUUUCUGUCCAUGUAUUUCAUUCAUUUCAUACUGUUUUACUAAUCCUCAGUCUAAACACCAGAUUUGUUCUAAAGGAGGAGACCAUUCUAUUUUUAAAGUGCUUAGUGAUGAUAGAUGUGUGAGCUUUUGCAUGGUCGAACUCAGCCCCUGACCCUUUCCUGUACAUUCAGAACCCGAACGUACGUGUAAACACAGGAUCCCUUUUGGAGAGAUGUGAAACUACAGUUUAUUUGUAAUAAAUAAUUAUAUAAUCUAUCCAUAUAUAUGUAUCUAUCUAUCUAUCUAUAUGCUGUGUGAAGUGGUAAUGGUACAUUACAGUCUGUUCACGCUGUAAGGAACAAGCUGUUCUCGGUUUAUGCAGUGUUUGUUAGGCAUCGAUUCUGUUAAAAAGACACACACACACAAAAAAAACGGUCUCCCCACACGCAACAUUCUGUACCUCUAGCACUGCUGCUUGUCCGGGCGACGGUGACCAAUAAAGACCUUGACCUGUUUUGUAUGGUAUGGGGAGGUGAUGGUGAAGGUUGGCACUGCUGUGGGUGAAGGAUGGGGUGUCGGGCGGGGGGUCAGGCUCACACCCCGCUCAGGGAGGGGAAGAGAGUAGCCACAUACGUCCAUGUGGUGUUGCCUGGAGCUGACCCCCCCCCCACCCCGGGGAUGGCUGUGCCCCGCCCCCCAGCUGCCUCAGGCUGGGGAGGGGAAGGUGGUGCGGUCCCUUCUAAGAGGUCACUGACCUUGGAGAGAAAGGCAUGCUGAAAGCAUCCCAUUAAGCCAACAGCAUUUUGAGGCAUGUUCUAUGGGCUGUUAGUUACCACGUUGCACAGAAAAGAUGGACACUGUCCAGGUCUGGGAAACGCAAUAUUCAAUAGGUUUCUUUUCUGCGGGUUUUCUCCCUGUAUUUACUGUUUAGUAUAGUUCCCAUUGUGGCAGCUAUGCUGUGGCAUCCCCCAAACUUAGGCACUCAAGUUAUGCUCACCUUUCUUGGGGACGUGUAUCCCAUCGAACAUGCCGGCUCUCUCCCAUGGUGUCUCUGCUCCGGGCGGCGACCAGAAGGUUCACCAGCUUCGGGGAGGCUGCAUCACGGCCCUCCACCAUCCCCACAACAAGCCCCUGGUGGGAGCAUGAACUUGAACCUCCUUGUUCCCAGGGCCUGUGCCUAACCGAGUGCUCACGGACCACACUGAGCCCAAAGUGCUCUUCCUGAAGUGGGGAAACAUGUUCCAGGUCUAAUAAGCCCUCCGAUAGCCUCUUAAGGGCUAUCUAUCUUGCUAGCACAUCCUUAAAGAUUUUUAAACAUCUGACGUAGUUAGUACAGUUACCUACAAAACAAACAGAACAACAGUCUACUUGCAAACUCAAUUCCCUUCUAGGUGAGCGGAGGGCAGGGAGAGUGCUGUGCAAUUAGUACUGGCGGGUGUGAUACAAGGGAAAGGGUGUUCCACAGUGAGCCCCCCAAUCCCUUAAACCUACCUUCCUAUCAGCAUUUUCGGCAGCGUACCUGCAAACGGUGAAACGCAGUCAGCGGCUGCCACCACUGGGGGAUGCAGC